AUGACAAGUCAACCCGCUCCCAUCAAGUCCCUACUACGAGGUCUCCCCGUACUUCAAGGUGCUCACCACGAGUCAGCGUUGAACGACCUCGGAGAAACCCCUCAUGCAGCAUUUCAGAAGUGGCUCAGUGAUGCAAUUGAGGCAGGCGUCAGGGAGCCACACGCCAUGACUCUGUCGACAGUCGACAGCCUUGGAUUCCCGGAUGCCCGCGUUUUGAUCUUGAAGAACGUGGAUGAGCGCGGCUGGCACUUUGCCGUCAAAUCGACAAGCCCCAAGGGCCAGCACAUCGCCGGGAAUCCGCGUGUCGCGCUUACAUUCUACUGGCCUGAGAUAUGCAGACAGGUCCGGAUUCGGGGCACGGCUUUGAGACUACCCGAUGAGGAGUGCCGUCAAGACUUUGCGCAGCGCCCGCUUGGCUCGAGAAUCAGUGCAAUGGCAUCGAACCAGAGCCAAGUGCUUCUGGACGCGGGGGACCUCUUGAAGAGUCGCAGCAUCGCCGAAGAAACAUUCUCCAAGAACCCUGACACUGUUCUAAGCGAUUGGGCCGUUUAUGCAGUAACCCCCAUCGAGGUGGAAUUCUGGCAAGGGCAGGCAGAUCGCCAGCACAAGCGGCUCAAAUAUAUGCUUCGUCCAGACGAUCAGUCCUGGGGAAAGGCUGAACUUUGGCCUUGA